GAGGCGCUGUGACUGGUAAUGGCGGUGUGAACGCUGCUGCUGUUCCUCUGUAAGUGAAGCUUCAGCAGCCGGUAGCGCAGCGUCUCUACUGCUCUCGUUACAGGUGCUGGUCGUUUUCUGUGCAUGCUGAUUCACAAGUUAAGGCACAAUGUCUAGAAGAUAUGACUCCCGGACCACCAUCUUUUCUCCUGAGGGGCGCCUGUAUCAGGUAGAAUAUGCUAUGGAAGCUAUUGGCCACGCUGGAACAUGCUUAGGAAUUUUAGCCAAUGAUGGUGUGUUGCUGGCAGCAGAGAGAAGAAACAUCCACAAGCUGCUGGAUGAAGUGUUUUUCUCAGAGAAGAUCUACAAACUCAAUGAAGACAUGGCAUGCAGCGUAGCUGGAAUCACAUCUGAUGCCAAUGUCCUCACUAAUGAACUCAGGCUAAUUGCUCAGAGGUAUCUUCUUCAGUACCAGGAGCCAAUUCCUUGUGAACAACUGGUCACAGCUCUGUGUGACAUCAAACAAGCUUACACACAGUUUGGAGGUAAAAGGCCAUUUGGUGUAUCACUGCUGUAUAUGGGCUGGGAUAAGCACUAUGGCUUUCAGCUCUACCAGAGUGACCCCAGUGGAAACUACGGAGGCUGGAAGGCUACCUGCAUCGGCAACAACAGUGCAGCUGCUGUGUCAAUGCUGAAGCAGGACUUUAAAGAGGGAGAGAUGAAGCUUUCAGCAGCGCUUGCCCUCGCCGUCAAAGUGCUCAACAAGACAAUGGACGUCAGCAAGCUCUCUGCAGAGAAAGUCGAGAUCGCCACCCUGACACGAGAGAAUGGUAAGACCAAAAUCAAGGUUUUGAAACUGAAAGAGGUGGAAGAACUGAUCAAGAAGCAUGAAGCAGAGGAGGCUAAGGCUGAAAAAGAUAAGAAAGAGAAGGAACAGAAAGAGAAAGACAAAUAAAACCUGCACUUGCUGUUCUUCUAUAAAAUUUAAAAAGGUUUGAAUUCAUAUUGUUUCACUCAGUCUGUGUCUACGUCGAUUUUUUUUCUUUAAUAAACCCAACACAACACUGUAA